UGAAGGAAACUGAGUCCCUAUCCCUAUCCCUAUCCCCAAUCCCAAUUAUGUGAUUCUGUCUUUAACAUGAAACUCAUAAAUUAAUCAAUCUCUCUUUUGCCGUUAUUUUUUAAAAAAAUUAUAUUGUUAUAGUUAAAUUUAUUUUUGAUUUUGCACAGUUUUCAUAACAAACUGCGUUAUGGGAAAAUUUAAUUUAGAUAAGGAUACACAAACACAUAUAUGAUGCUCUUAUCCUGGAAAGUAUAAAUAAGUGUAAAAGGAGUAUAACCCUCAAACUUAAUUCUUUCUACUUCUUACUAUCAUUACAUUAUGAAGAAGGGUUGGAUUUUACUUCUGUUUUUUAUGUUUCUUAACCUUACUUUUUAUAAUGGUUUCUCUAAGCCUCUUCUUCUUCACAACAACAAACUUCAACCUGCUGUUGUUGUUGGUACGGUCUUCUGUGACACUUGCUUCCAACAACAUCUUUCCAAUUCUCACCAUUUCAUCUCAGGUGCUAGAGUUGAAGUAGAAUGCAGAGAUGAAAAAACCCCCGAAGCCAGUUUCAAACAGCAAGUUAAAACCAACAAAAAUGGAAAAUUCAAAGUUGUUUUGCCGUUCUCAAUUGCUAAACAUGUUAAGAAAAUUGAAAGCUGUUCUGUUAAAUUGAUCAAAUCCAGUGAACCCUUCUGCUCUGUGGCCUCCUCUGCAUCUUCCUCUUCUCUCCAAUUAAAAAACUCAAAGAACAAAAAUGGAGUCCGCAUUUUCUCUGCCGGAUUUUUCACUUUCAAGCCUUUGCAACAACCCACUUUGUGCAAUCAAAAGUCUAACCCACAGCUUCCCUUUCCGCCGCUUGUUCCGCCCGUAAUUCAGCCACCCUCGUUUUUUCCGCCCAACCCCCUGCAGCCGACGCCACUCGUUCCCAACCCCUUUCAGCCGCCGGCGCCAUUGAUCCCGAACCCAUUUCAGCCGCCGGCGCCAGUGAUCCCAAACCCAUUUCAGCCACCUACUCCGGUGAUUCCUAACCCAUUUCAGCCGGCGCCAGCAACGGGUCUUCCUCUGCCGCCUCUGCCGUUUAUCACUCCGUCGCCGCCUCCACCAACGUUGCUACCGCCAUCGUUUUUGCCACCGUUUCUGCCGCCCAUCCCUGGGAUUCCGCCUGGUCCGCCUAGAGAGGAAACUUCUUCACCCAUCAAACAGAUCAGCCCAUGAAGGAUGAUUUUUCAUUAUAGUUAAUCAUGGUUAAAGAUUGUUUUUUCCUUUUUGAUGAUUAUGAUCUGCAUAUAUGAUUAUGUGUUAUGGAUUCGUAUAAUCUGAAAUAAGUUUAGCGUAAUAUUCUGGUUUUUUAUUUCAAUAAUAUUGUUUGAGUUUGAAUUAGAAAUAAAACUGGAGUGCUUUAUCACAUCCGUAUUACUCCUUCA